GAGAGAGAGAGAGACUACGGUGGUAAUGGAAGCAGCCACAGCAACUACAAGGUUUCUCAUAUCAAGCCCUACUCCUAACCAUAAGACGCUUCUCCCCUCCACAGCACGCCUUCGUCGGCGGCUGCGGCCCCUCGCCGUGCGCUGCCUCCAGACCCCCGACCGCACGCUCCCCUACUCCGCCGUCGCCUCCGGUCUCCCCCGCCACCGCCUCGUUCGCCUCGUGGACGAGUUCGCCUCCCUCACGGAGCCGGUCGACCGCGUCAAGCGUCUCCUCGCCUGCGCCGCUUCCCUCCCGGCCUUCCCCGAGGCCGGCCGGGUGCCGGCCAAUCGCGUCAUGGGCUGCACCGCUCAGGUCUGGCUCUCGGUAGCGAUGGACGAACUCGGCCGCGUGCGGUUCGCGGCCGACUCCGAUACGGAGAUCACCAAGGGUUUCUGCGCCUGCCUUGUCUCUGUUCUCGAUGGGGCGCUGCCGGAGGAGGUCUUGGAGAUGACGCCGGAGGCUUUCGGCGAUCUGAACGUGGUCGGGUUGCCAGUGAGGGCGCACUCGAGGGUCAACACGUGGCACAAUGUGCUGAUCAGCAUGCAGAAGAGGACCACGGCCUUGAUCGCCAAGAGAGAAGGGCGGCCGUCUGCCGAUCCAUUCCCGUCGUUGGUCAUCGGGCCUGAUGGGAUUGAAGCAAAAGGAAGCUACGCAGAAGCUCAGGCAAUGUUUUUAUCUCCUGAUGAGUCAAAAAUUAAAGAACUGGUGAGUGUCCUACGAAAACAGAAAAUCGGUGUCGUUGCACAUUUUUACAUGGAUCCAGAGGUCCAGGGCAUAUUGACUGCUGCACAGAAGUUGUGGCCUCACAUCCACAUAUCUGAUUCCUUGGUAAUGGCAGAUAGGGCUGUUAAAAUGGCAGAAGCUGGAUGCAAAUAUAUUACAGUACUCGGUGUGGACUUCAUGUCUGAAAAUGUUCGGGCAAUACUUGAUCAGGCUGAUUUUAAGAAGGUUGGUGUGUACAGAAUGUCCAAUGAACUAAUUGGUUGCUCUUUGGCGGAUGCAGCAGCGAGUUCGACAUAUAUGCAGUUUUUGGAGGCAGCUUCAAAUUCACCACCUUCAUUGCAUGUGAUCUACAUAAAUACUUCUUUGGAGACUAAGGCCUAUGGACAUGAACUAGUGCCUACAAUCACUUGUACUUCAUCUAAUGUUGUGCAGACGAUUUUUCAGGCAUUUGCUCAAGUACCGGAUUUAAAUGUUUGGUAUGGUCCUGAUUCCUACAUGGGUGCAAAUAUUGUGGAGUUGUUUCACCAAAUGACUGACAUGACAGAUGAAGAAAUAUCAGGAAUACAUCCAGAUCAUAAUAGGAACUCAAUAAGAUCGUUACUGAAGAGGCUGCACUUCUACCAGGAUGGUAACUGCAUUGUGCACGAUAUGUUUGGUCAUGAAGUAGUGGAGAGAAUAAAAGAGCUGUACUGUGAUGCAUUCUUAACAGCUCAUUUUGAAGUUCCGGGUGAAAUGUUUUCUUUGGCAAUGGAGGCAAAGAGGAGAGGAAUGGGAGUUGUAGGCUCCACCCAAAAUAUUUUGGAUUUCAUUAAAAACCGGGUACAGGAAGCUUUGGACAGGGACAUCGACGAUCACCUACAGUUUGUGUUAGGAACCGAAUCAGGAAUGUUGACUUCCAUAGUUGCUGCAGUUCGUAGAUUACUGGGUUCAAGGGAAUCAAGAUGUAAAAUUAAAGUUGAGAUUGUAUUUCCAGUCUCAUCGGAUUCAGUAUCAAGGACAUCAGUGAAUGGGUCUCAGGGUCUAAAUUAUGCUAUACCAAGUGAUAUCACAGAACUUGCUGUUGUUCCCGGUGUGGCAAACGGUGAAGGGUGCUCUGUUCAUGGAGGUUGUGCUUCCUGUCCAUAUAUGAAGAUGAACUCACUAAACUCGUUGUUGAGAGUAUGCCAGCAACUUCCCGACAAAGACGGCACUCUUCAUGCCUAUGAAGCUAACAGGUUUAAUGCAGUAACACCUGGUGGAAAACCGGUUGCCGAUAUUGGAUGUGAGCCAAUUCUACACAUGAGGCACUUUCAGGCAACAGGAAAAUUACCUGACAAGCUCAUCCAUCAUAUCCUCCAUAGAUGAAUACCAACGGCAAGUUUUAAGAAGGAUAUGUAA